UUUACAGGGCAUUACCAACACUCUGACCCAUCACAUACAAGACCUUCAUUUCUUGUUUCACUUCACUACUUUUCUCUCCGAUUCUUUCACAAUGUUGAAAAUGGCGGGUCUCUUGGCUCCUCUUUUCUUCCUCUAUGUUUCUGUUGCAGGUCAAGAACUGCUACAAAUCUCAAGUCUCGAUAACCAUGGUUCAGUACAAGAGGCAUUACAGUCGACAUCACAUGCAAUGGGAGUAUUCUUGGAUGAAGGGAAGCUCGACGAGGUGUCAACAAGCAUUUUAAUGGCGGAAACAUGGCUUAGGACUCAUGUUUUAUCUCGUUACCCUUCUGUAAAUGUAACCACCAUUGUUGUUUCUAAUAGGCUUCUGUGUGGUGACAAAAGCUUUGAAAACCAAGAAGAAAUUUCGAGGUUAACACUUGUUGCAAUGGAGAACGUUUAUCAUUCUCUUGUUAGAUGGGGCUUAGAGAGGAAAAUUAGAGUUUCUGUUUUGAUUUCCUCAAAAUGUUUACUCAAAUCGUACCUUAAACCUGUUUUUAAGUUACUGGAAGAGAUAAAUUCAACUUAUACUUUGAAAACACAUGAUUUUUCGGAAGAAACUGUUGAAAUUUUGAGUUCAAACUUGAAAUCCAUGGCGGAUUUGGGUGUUUUCCGAUCGAAAACAGUGAAUGUGAUAUCUUUUGAGACGAAACAAGAGAAACCCAGGUCAAGAAAACUCGCAUCGGAGGUGGGUUACUCUGUUCCCUCCGACGCCGCCACUACCCCUCUCCCACCGCUCAUCGGGGUCACUUCACCACCGCCGCUGUCUCUACCUUUUGCGCCGGAGAUGCAACCUCCGAUGACGGGUACACCUAACAGCCCACCACCGCAUUAUGGAUAUGAUCUACCGCCCUGCAAUCCCUAUCCUACUCCUCAUCACGGCCGCAGAGGUCGAGGUGCAAUGGCUGCUCCACCCCCGAUGGGCGACGGUGGUGCGAUAGCAGCACCGCCACUUGCGCAUGAAGGAGUGUGGUGCGUUGCGAAACCCAGUGUGCCGUCGGAGAAGUUGCAGGAAGCUAUGGAUUACGCCUGUGGAGAAGGCGGCGCCGAUUGUGACCCGAUUAGCCCCACCGGAAGCUGUUAUUUUCCGGACUCCAUUGUUGCUCAUGCUUCUUAUGCUUUUAACAGUUACUGGCAGAAAAACAAGAAAAAUGGUGGAACAUGUGGAUUUGGAGGGACUGCUAUGCUCAUCGAUUCUGACCCAAGUUUUCGUCAAUGCCAUUUCACGCUUGAGUAAUUUUGGGAGGAUUAAGUCGAUGUGGAGGAGGUUGUGGUUGAUUAUGAAGAGAUUAAUGUUUAAUUUUGUGACAUGUGAUUUUAAGCUUAUUAGUAUAGAAUUAGGCUGUCAUUGAGAAUUUGGAAUUUGUGGUGGUUUUGAUAGUAACUCUUUUGAGAAGUCACCGAAAAAAUUUCUCCCAUCGGAUAAGCUAGUUCGAAAAUCAAAUAUGGUUUGUUAGAGAAUGUAAUCUUAGUUCACAAUGAAUUCAAUGCAUUUUGUUUAUGUUAGGAAUUAUUGAAGGAUG